AUCAACUCUCUGUGUCUUAAACCCCAAUUUACCCCUAUAUAUCUACUUGUGGUACCUUGCCCAUUAUCAACCUACCACGUCCACUCUCCAAUAUUCAACUCAGCAAAGAAUAAGCAACAAGAACAGGACUUGUCAACUGAUAAUUCCGAUUCUGUAGACUGAUUUUUCUAUAACAAACUCAAUUCUUCUUUCUUUAGAUUAAACCAUAGUUAGGCCAAGAUGGUGACUGGUAGCUAUCAUCAUUCUCUCUAAGUAUAUUUGCUCUUAAAUCUCUGAAAAAUUCUCCAGUUAGGUGUUGUGUCGGUUUCUUGCUCUGCAAAAUUCAAAAGUGCUAUGAGUUUUCCUUCAAAUUUCCUCUGUUUCUUUACUUCAAACUGAAUUUUGCACAGUGCUGUUAAGUCCAUGGGCAAUUUCGAAACUUCUUCUUUCUUUACACCUUUGUGGUUUCUCUAAAUAUGGAUUUUUAUUCUAGUUUUGUCUAUCAAAAAGCGUUCUUGUUACUUGCUACCCUCUUUGUCUCUGUUUCCAUCUAUUUGCUUCCUCUGUUCAACUUCAUCCCUACAUUGUUCCUCAGAUUAAGAAGGGGUCAGGCUCCUUUGAACAAUUCAGAAUUAUUUGAAGUUGUGCCUGAAGAAAAAGACCAGAAAGAAUCCGACAAUGUGAAGGACAAGGAAGAAUUUGAACCAAAGUUUGAUGCUUUUAAGGAAUUUGUUGAGUCUGUGGAUUUGGACAAGAAAGACGAUAUGCAGAAAACUGAGUUUUGUUUUGAGUUUAAAUUCCCAACAUAUGAGGAAUUUAGUAAAAACAAGACACAAACUGGUGAACUUAUCACAUCUGAUUUUGUACAAGGAAAGAGUAUUAGCAGCUUAAUUCAAGAACCUGAGAUUGUAAACCUCAAUGUUAAACAAAUUGGUUGUGAUAGUAAAAAAGAAGGCAUUGAGGAAAUUGAAGGAAUGAAACUUAUGAAGGGAGAAUCUGAUACUGUGUGCAAACAAUUUUUGGGUGAUUCAGAGAAAGAUUCUUCUUCGGGUACGGAUUCGGAUACUGCAUCAAUUGGUUUUGAUCAUAUGCGUUCACUUAUGAGCAGGUUAGUAAAUUCCUACAGUGAUGGCUUUUUAUCAGAUGAUGACUUUGGAGGUGGUUUUGAGCUUGAUCCUUUGAAUACUGAUAUUGAUCCAGAGUUAAAAAAUCUUGAAAUGUCUGAAGAAAAUCUUGAAUCUGAGGAUUUUGAGGAUAGUGAUAGUGAUUUAGUGGAAGAGUUAGGGAAAUUACAACAAAAGGAACAGAAAAAUGAUUCACAAUUUUUAUCUCAGAAUGAUUUUGAUGAAGAUUUGGGCAUGGUUAAAAAUGUAGAAUUUGUUACAGAAGAUGACAAGUUAAUAGUAAAUGGUCCACAAGAGUCUGAAAAUCUCAAGUCAAAAAAUACAGCUAUUGUUGAUUCUUCUGGAGAUGCAAACAAAUUAGAGUCCCUAUGGGAACAUCAAGAAUUGAUUGAACAAUUAAAGAUGGAAAUUCGAAAAGUCAGAGCCACGGGUUUGCCUACUAUUUUGGAAGAAUCCGAGUCUCCAACUAUGGACGAAUUACAACCAUGGAAGAUUGAUGAAAUGCUUCAUCGCGAAGAUUGCAUGAGCGAACUUCACAAAUUUUACAAGACUUAUCGAGAGAAAAUGCGAAAAUUUGAUAUCUUGACGUAUCAGAAGAUGUAUGCAAUAGGUUAUCUGCAGAAAGAUCCGCUAAAAGACCCGUUGCAAUUACUCUUCAAUCAGAAAUCUUCAGGUCCAACACUAAAAUCCCUUCUCUCACAAAACAUUAGGAUAUUCAAACAUAAAAGUCAUGACAUUGACCCAAUGGUAAAGUUUAUCAAAGAAUUGCAGAGUGAUUUGGAAGUGGUAUACGUUGGACAGAUGUGCCUUUCUUGGGAAAUUUUACACUGGCAAUAUAUGAAGGCUUUAAGUUUGUGGGAUUCUGACCCACGUCGUAUCCGAAGAUAUAAUGAAGUUGCUGGAGAGUUUCAACAGUUUCAAGUGCUAAUGCAAAGAUUUAUAGAAAAUGAACCUUUUCAAGGGCCUAGAGUUCAAUAUUUUAUCAAGAGUCGAUAUGAUCUUCGUAAUCUUCUACAAGUUCCUGUUAUUAGAGAUGACAGAGUGAAAGACAGAAACAAGGCAAGAACAAGAGAGAAAGGUGACUAUUCAAUUACCAGUGACGAGCUAGUGGAGAUACUGGAAGAAUCAAUACGAAUAUUUUGGCGCUUUGUCAGAGCUGAUAAAGAUUGCUAUAGUGUGAUGGCGAAAGGUCAAAAGGGAAUUCAUCCAGAUGUUCAAGAACUGGAGGACUUAGAGCUUUUACAGGAGACUAGAAAAAAUCUUGAAAAGAAGGAGAAGAAACUGCAGGAAGUUUUGAGAAGUGGAAAUUGCAUAUUGAGGAAGUUCAGGAAGAACAGAGAAGAGGAUUCAGAUCAUGUACUCUAUUUUUUCUCUCAAGUAGACAUGAAAUUAGUCUCUAGGGUCCUCAACAUCUCAAGGCUAACCAAAGAUCAACUAGUGUGGUGUCACAAUAAAUUAAGCAGGAUUAGUUUUGUACAUAGGAAAAUACAUGUAGAGCCAUCUUUUUUGCUCUUCCCUUGUUAAUACUAGUCAAAUUUUUUUAGGUAGAGUAUCAAUUAUGGCAACAAAUUACCUUUUAUAUUGUUGCCAUUUUAUGUACCCUAGAUUCAUUAAUUGUCGAAUAGUAAAUAUGGAGCGGAAACAUAAAAAUAGGUACUAUAUCUUUUACAAUAGGAAGUUUUCCCAACUCCAAA